CUGGCCCCACCACAUCGGGAUCUACGGGAGACAAAAGCCAGAAGAUUCAGCUUCUGCCUGAAGGAGUGGAACAACCAUGGCCUCGAGGUAUUUCCAGGGCUCUUUUGUAGGUGUGCGAUCUGAAGGUGCCGUGUUCCAGCAGGAGUGGGGCAUGGGCACCCUGGUGUGCUGAGCCUGGGAGCCCCUCCGCAUGCUGUCCUUGGAGCUGUCACACUAAACCAGGCCUUCAGGCCUCAGUAAACCAACCCAGACCAGAGUAAGAAAAGGGGCCCCUUCAUGGCCAGCCAUGUAAGUAGAACUGGAGGGAACGGAGAGCUCAGCCAUGAAAAAAUCAUGAGGCCGCCAAGGCAGCCGUGCUUGGGGACGGGGAGCUGCUGAGCAGGACCCCAGGGAGGGAGGAAAUCAGGCCCCUGGGUUGUGCCUGGGGGUGCCCUGGCCAGCAGGGCCCCUCACCUCAGGGCCGGGGAGGGGUCAGAGGACCAAAAGGGACACCGGCAGCCUGGCAGGGGCUGGCCAACGGUGCAGUGGGGAGAUGCCCUCUCAGCCAUCAGGGCCCAGGGUGAGGGGGCUCUGGGAAGUGGGUGGACUUCAGGGAUUUUCCUCACCUGCAGUGAGGGUUGGAAUUGUGAUAGGCAGGCUGCAGUGCUGGGGCUGCCCGGCUCCGCUUUCCUGUUUCCAGGGCUCCAGGCCAGUGGAGGAGGGAGCUCUCCUCUCCCCACACACACCCACAGGCAGGCCAGCCUACACCACCAUCACGUUGCCCAGGCACCAGGCCUGGUGGUGUGCUGGUUGCUGUGGUAACGGGCAGCAUGCCUACAAGCACGCAGCCUGGGCUCCUGAUUCCUCACCUGUCUAGAUGGGGGGACCAUGUCCUUCCGCUGCUAGCCCCAGGGAGGCUGGCUGGGCCAGGCUGGCAAGGUUGGAAGUGGCGGGACCAGCAGGGUCCAGGGCAGCCACUCCCCUGGCACCUGGGGAAAGGAGGAUCCCUGAGAGUUCCAGGAUGGCUGUAGGGCUCCCACUUUGGGUGGGGCACCAACAGCUGAGGACAUCUCUGCUCCUGAUCCAGGUGUGCAGACUGCAGCCAGCUGCCCUCCAUGCAGGUGCUGGGGGCGCUGCCCACCUGAGUGGCAUCGCUGCCUGUCACAAAUAGGUGCCCCUCCUAGGUUGUGCACUGCUCAACAGAGCCUUGUUCAAGGGCACUGGUCACACACUAGAUGUCUACUCCACACCAGAACCUCCAGUGGGCCUGGGUCCUCCCACCCUCCCCAGGGUGCUGUCCCACGUGUGGCAGACGUGUCUGCUGUGUGGUCUGCUUGGCUGCACUCUGGGAGCCCCCCUGACCCUCCCCAACCUUGGAACCGACAGUGGAGGAGAGUGUGUGUCUGUGCCGUGUGUGGCCAUCUGUGGCAGCGGUAGGUACCAGGCCUGGGCAUGGGUAAGGCUGCUGGAGGAGACUCUAGUAUAAAUUUGCUCCUCCGGUGGGAGGGGCACCUAUUAGUGACAGGCAGCGAGAGGAGCAGGAGGGCUGAGGUCAGCAGGGACUCACCCACAGCUCUCUCCCUGAGCCCCAGGUGCCCAUUCCUUAGUGUCUUCUGGCACCUGGCCAGAUAGAAAGGAGUCCAGGCCUUACACACGCAUGUUCUUCAUUGGUGUCCACUCAAGGAAAGGAGGGCCCAGGAGGACAGGAGAGCAGCUGGAGGCUGUGGUUGGAAAUGCGCCGUGGCCUGGCUCCUGGUCCCGGGAAAGCCUGAGGGUCACACACAGUGAUGAGGAAGAAGAUACCAAGUCUGGCCCUGGUCCAGGAUGGGAAGCUCAGGUUCCCUUACUUGGCUCCCAGCCCCCAAGGAAGGUGCCGGUGACAGGCAGGCAGGGUGAAGCUGAGCAGACCCCUGCACCCCCUUCCAGGAUGACCCUCAGGCCAAGGGCAGAGGGGCACAGCUGGCCAGCCCCAGGCUGAAAGCGACAAGGUCAGGUGUGGCCAGCUUCUGGUCUCAUGCCCCCGUCAGAGUGCCAAGGGUGUUCUUGGCAGUGUGAGUCAGGCUUGUUCCCACAUGGGCCUCUGGACCAGAGUCUGUGAAGACCCUAACAUCAGCCCAGUUGCCCAGGGAAGCCUCACACGUGGUAGGCAAGUGCUCCGCCUCAGGACUACAGCCUCAGCCCUUUCUUUAAAGGCAGGGUCUUGCUAAGUUGCCUAGACUUGCGAUCCUCCCACUUCAGUCUCCUAAACAGCUGGGAUCACAGGAGGGCCCUGUGACCUAAGAGGCAGUUACAGGGUCCCCAGGGCCACCCUGCAAGUCUGCUGAAGGCUGCCUGAAUCAGGCGUCACCCUGAGCUCACUCAGAGGAGGGAGCAGCCUCCUGGGCUGCCCUCCAUUCAGCAUGCAGGAGCUGGCCAGGCCCUGGCCCUCUGGCUCCAGAGGUGAACUUUGCUUGACAGCACUUGCACACUAGGGCAUUGUUCCCAAACUGCGCCAUCCAUAGAAGACGAGCACGGCCAGCACUGGAGUCCACAGGCCACGUCUGCCUCGGUCAGUGGUCUCUACCCUGUUACUGCACCAACACCCACCCUGCUGCAUUCCCAGCCCAUAGCUCAGGGCCACACCCAGAGCAGGACCAGGCCCAAGCUACAGGGAAAGUAUGGCUGGAGGGGUGGCCGAAGGUUGCCAGUGGGGGCCUGCGUGCUGCCGGCAGUGGGAAUCAGAGAAGCAGUAACUGGAUCCUACGGAGGAUCUGGUGGUGCUGAGGGUGGAGGGCUGUGAUCGGGUUGCAGCCAGCGCACUGUGAGUUUUCCACUGGGUGGCUUUUUCUACCUUGGGAUAGAGUAGGGCUGGGCUGGGAGUCUGAGCUGUGGGGCUGGGGGUGCCCAAGGUGAGGGCAGGGAGGAGAGAGGCUGGAGGUGAGGCAGCCGCAGGUGAGGAAUAAGGACCAAGUGCUGGGCCCGCACAGCCACUCUGGGGAGCCGAGGUGGUCAGCACUGCUCUCGGGUCCUGCAGGACAUCAGGCAUGGCCAGUGCACUCCAGGAGGAGCUGAAAUCCAAGCUAGGGGUAAUGAAAGGCAGCCUCGGCUCCUAACCCACACCCCUCUGAUCCGCCCUCCACUGCCCACUGGACACGUGAGGGCUGCCUGGGUGGCAGAGGCCGCUGGUUAGAGGGCCAAAGAAGGCAGGAGGUCCAUGACGCCGGCUGGUCCCAGAGCACUCGAGUGCGAUUCCCAGGCUCCUGAGGGUCCUGGCUGGCUCUGAAGAUGCCGACCAACGGCCUGCACCAGGUGCUAAAGAUCCAGUUUGGCCUUGUCAAUGACACUGACCGCUACCUGACAGCCGAGAGCUUUGGCUUCAAGGUCAAUGCCUCAGCUCCCAGCCUCAAGAGGAAGCAGAUGUGGGGGCUGGAGUCUGACCCCAGGCAGGGCAUGGCUGUGCUGUUCCGCAGCAGCCACCUGGGCCGCUACCUGUCGGCGGAAGAGGAUGGCCGUGUGGCCUGCGAGGCAGAACAGCCCAGCCGCAACUGCCGCUUCUUGGUCCUGCCACAACCUGAUGGGCGCUGGGUGCUGCAGUCGGAGCCGCACGGCCGCUUCUUUGGUGGCACCGAGGACCGGUUAUCCUGCUUCGCCACGGCCAUCUCCCCAGCGGAGCUGUGGACGGUGCACCUGGCCAUCCACCCACAGGCCCACCUGCUGAGCGUCAGCCGGAGGCGCUAUGUGCACCUGUGCCCGCAGGAGGAUGAGAUGGCAGCAGAUGGGGACAUGCCAUGGGGUGUGGACGCUCUGCUCACUCUCAUCUUCCAAAGCCGGCGGUACUGCCUCAAGUCCUGUGACAGCCGCUACCUCCGCAGCGACGGCCGCUUGGUCUGGGAACCAGAGGCCCGUGCGUGCUACAUGCUGGAGUUCAAGGCAGGCAAACUGGCCUUCAAGGACUGCGACGGCCGCUACCUGGCACCCGUGGGGCCUGCAGGCACCCUCAAGGCCGGCCGAAACACGCGACCUGGCAAGGAUGAGCUUUUCCAUCUGGAGGAGAGUCACCCGCAGGUGGUGCUGGUGGCUGCCAACCACCGCUACGUUUCUGUGAGGCAAGGUAUCAACGUCUCAGCCAAUCAGGACGAACAGCAGGACCACGAGACCUUCCUGAUGCAAAUUGACCAGGAGACAAAGAAGUGCACCUUCUACUCCAACACCGGGGGCUACUGGACCCUGGUCACUCACGGUGGCAUUCAGGCCACAGCCACACAAGUCUCUGCCAACACCAUGUUCGAGGUGGAGUGGCGCGGACGACGGGUGGCACUCAAAGCCAGCAGUGGGCGCUAUGUUUGUAUGAAGAAGAACGGGCAGCUGGCGGCCAUCAGUGAUCUUGUGGGUGAAGAUGAGGAGUUCGUCCUCAAGCUUAUCAACAGGCCCAUCCUGGUGCUGCGUGGCCAGGAUGGCUUCGUGUGCCACCGGCGCGGCUCCAACCAGCUGGACACCAACCGCUCGGUGUACGACGUCUUCCACCUGAGCUUCAGCGACGGCGCCUAUCAGAUUCGAGGUGCGUGGGAGGGACCGUGGGCGGUGAGCCACGCGCACGGGAGCGGGCGCCUGGCCAUCCGAGCCCGAAGCGGAAAGUAUCUGCGCGGCGGGGCUUCAGGACUGCUGCGUGCCGACGCCGACAUGCCCACCGCGGAGGCGCUCUGGGAGUACUGAGGGCCAGGGGGCGAGGACCAGACACUCACAGGGCGCAGGGCCCGCCAGCCCCGCAUUAAACUUUGUCAGCGCAGGUUAUACUCUUGGCACUGCAGAGUGGUGAGGUGAACCCCUGGGACCCCCACCCCAGCACACACAGGCCUCCUGGCCUAGGCGUACAGCUCAUCCCUGAAACCGGAGCUCCCUACCCCGGCUGACCUGGGAAGCCCCUUCCAAGUCUGGGCGCUGUCCCCUCCUGCAGUCCUGCUGCCCAGGACAGGCACCACCCAGUGAGUGGUAGGGAUCCGGGGAUGGAAUGGGGCCGACUGAGCAAGCAGGAAGGGGCUACCGAACCUGGAUCCGGGGUGGGCAAGAGGGACUUUCCUUCUACGUGGGGACGAGGAAGGAGCAGCUCCUGGCUUCUCCAGAGGAGCGGCUGUGACACCAAGGGCCAAGUGUCCAGCAGGGUCCAGAAGCCCAGGCUGUCAGUGGCUUACAGUAUCCCCUAGUGUCAGCUAAGAGCGGUGCAGGCAGGGGCUGGUGAGGUGCCUGGCCAGCAGGUGGAGCCAGCCCGGAACCACGUGGCCGCUCCACUAGGGCUCCUAAGAGCAGGCGCCCCAGAGAAUAGCAACAGGGGCAGCACAGCCAGGCGCUCAACUCGGCUCCGGAGUCGUCAGUGCCAGCAGCGGGAAGCUGGUGGGCACUGUGGACCCUUGGGAGGUCUGCUGACUCCUCAGACCAGCUGGCACCUGCGGGUCUGGGAGUCGGCCCUACAAGGAGCCUAGGUCUCUCAGCCCUGGGAUCUUGCAGGCUGCAGUGGCCAGUGGGGGCCUGGGAGUUGCAGCAACCAGCAGCCUAAGACAGGGCACUUCCUCCAAGGUAGGUGGACACGGGCUCUGCCCACCCCAUGUGCUGUCCUAGCUUCUACAUGCUGCUUUGCUCAGAGGUGCUCUGAGCAAGAUAUGGGCAUGAGCACUGGGUAACAGCUGGAGCCAGAGGCUCCCCCUGGGAAGCGAUAGGAGUGGCCCCCAGUUGUGGACAGGGCCCUUAGGAGGAAGCCAUUGGGCUUGUUCUCCAGACCCUCAGCCCUGGACAGCGGGCAGCCAAGUAGCUGGGUGCUGCAAGGGGGACCCCUUAUCCAGAGCAUCUCGAGGGCCUUCUUCCCCAGGUGAGAGGGCUCUACCACGCGGGCACUGGGAGGGCAGCAGCCAUCAAGGGCCCCGUGGAGCCUGUGAGGGGGCCGGCUGCUGCCUGCCUGAAAGUAGGAAGGCGUAAAAGACAGCCAAGGCCUCGACUCAACCAAAAGG